UUUUCACUUUUUUCCCUUGAUUUAGGUCAGGCAUUUUAGAUUUAUACAUUGUGUUGAGAAAAUGUCCUUGGAAAACAAGAUGAACGAGUGGGUUAAUUGCUUUGGUAUGAGUGGGCUGGGCAAAGCACCAAUUGAUUGCUACACAAGUGGAUAUGGGGAAGUGCUUGAGAGAAAAUAUGCAGCUGAAACUUCCCAGCUCAAUCCACCCCAUAGAUUUGUGCCAUGGGUGGUUGUGAAUAAUAAACCACUCCUAGAGGACUUUGAGAAUUAUGUGAGCUAUGUCUGCCAGGCUUAUAGAGGGACUAGAAUCCCAGAGGCCUGCAAAUCACUUCCCCUGGAGAGCAAUUCAUCGCAGAAGGAAAUGCACAUUAAUUCAGUUUGCUAUGUAGACCAAACCAGCAACCUGACAUCAUCAGCACCGGCAAUAAAUUGAAGUCCCAAGAUCAACCAUGCUCGAUGGUCUCAAUGAAUUAAGGUGGAAUCUUGACCUACUGAUAUGAUAUUGUUGAUCAAUGUGCUCUAGUGGGUGUAUGGUAAACUUUCCAGCUGAUUUAUAGUAUUCAGAUUGAGUUUUCUUGUGCUGGUCUGUAGAGAUCAGUCUAGCCAGAACAGGAUGAGAAAUACUAUUUGCUGUUGUGUUUAGGUCAUUGCAAAUGUAGCAUUAAGAGCAUAUUUCGUUUUACCUUGAAGCAGCAUCACAGGGCUCUUGGAGUUUUUAUAACAGCAAUUCCUUA